AUGAUCUCAAGCAAAAAGUCCCCCAGCCUCAGCCCAUGCUGGCCUGCUGUCGGACCGAGAUGGAGAGCAGGGUCAGGGUCAGGUGCAGAGGACCAGGAGGGCCCAGGGCACGGGAAGGCAGGUGUACCACCACCUCAGCCAGAGAGUCAGGAGGAGGAGGAGGGGGUCAGUGAUCUGAUCCAGCUCAAGAAGCCACUCAACCCGGUCAGAGUCUCCAAGAGCCACCAGGAGCUCCACAGGGAAUAAGGAUGACACACAAGACGUGGGGCUUGCACAAGAGGUCCAUGUCUGGAGGGGAAGCCAGAGCUCCAGCAUGUUCUGGAACAGAGGAACUGGCAACAGGGGAUGAAACAGAGGAGAGAGGCAGAGGAGGAGAAUAAGAACAGGUUUCCACUCCAACAGGAACUGCUCAAGAGGCAUCAGAGGCUGAAGGAGCUGGAGAGAGAGCUAAAGGCACAAAAACAGGGCCUGCAGAGUUCCCCAGAGUUCAUCAGAGUUAAAGAGAGCCUGAGAUGCACCACCAUACUGGAUGUGGGAGAGAAGGCAGUUUAA